AUGGCGGAGUACAAUCUGACACCGCGGAUGGCUCCAAAUCUCGACAGACAUUUGGUAUUCCCUCUCUUAGAGUUUCUCCAAGAGAGACAGUUAUACGACGAUAACCAUAUCCUUAAGUCUAAGAUCGAUCUCUUGAACAACACAAACAUGGUUGAUUACGCCAUGGACAUUCACAAGACGCUCUACCAUACUGAAGAUGUCCCUCAGGAUAUGGUCGAACAUAGGGCUGAUGUUGUUGCUCGUCUCAAGUCUCUUGAAGAUUCCACCGCUCCUCUGGUUGCUUUCCUUCAGAAUCCUGCUGCUGUUCAGGAGUUGAGGGCUGAUAAACACUACAAUCUCCAGAUGCUCAAUGACAAAUACCAGAUUGGUGCUGCACAAAUAGAGGCAUUAUACCAAUAUGCCAAGUUUCAGUUUAAAUGUGGAAACUACUCUGGUGCUGCUGACUAUCUUUAUCAGUACAGAGCAUUAUGCACAAAUAGUGAAAGGAGUUUGAAUGCAUUGUGGGGAAAGCUGGCAGCUGAAGUAUUGAUGCAAAAUUGGGAUAUUGCUCUUGAAGAGCUCAACCGCCUGAAGGAAAUAAUUGACUCAAAGAAUUUUUCAUCACCUAUUAAUCAGGUGCAAAGCAGAAUAUGGUUGAUGAAUUGGAGUCUGUUCAUCUUUUUCAACCAUGACAAUGGAAGAACACAAAUCAUUGAUUUGUUUAACCAGGACAAGUAUCUUAACGCAAUCCAAACUAGUGCUCCACACCUUUUGCGAUACUUGGCCACAACAUUUAUUGUCAACAAAACUUCUGAAGGAAACCUGCCUGAUAAUGAUGCAACAGUCUCUGUUAAACCAGAUAAUCGUGACUCUGCUCCGCAAGAAUCUCCUACUCUAGUGGCUAGUGCAUUAGAGAAAACAAUCGAUUUUGCAGCUUCAAAUGAAACCGAUAACAUUGCUGGUAAUUUAAAUAACACUGCGACCUCUGGUACCACCGAAAGUGACAAGUCCAAAGGUAUCACCGAAACUAGUGAAGCAAAAGAAACUAAUAACAUCUACGCCACUGUGGAUGAGAGGUUCAAGGGCAAUACUCAAACAGGCGAAACUGAUGAAAAAUCAGACUCUUCCUCAAUCACCUUACGCUACGGAUCCAGCAUGGUAACACCAACUAACAUUUUCGUUCAACUACUAACUUCUUCACAUAGCAUAUUACCUCUUAAUAACAAAAUUGCCUUCAACAAACUUAGCUAA